AUGGGAGUGAAAAAUCAGACACAAGUGGUGGAAUUUGUCUUCCUGGGUUUCUCUGGAAUUUCAUAUGGCCACAUCUACCUCUCCCUAGUAUUCUUAGUCAUCUACUUGGUCACUGUGCUGGGGAACCUCAUGAUAUUUACUAUGAUUCAACUGGAUUCCAAACUCCAUACCCCCAUGUAUUAUUUCCUCAGCCACCUCUCCUGCUUAGAUAUUUGCAUCUCCUCGGUCACUGUCCCAAAGAUCCUGGUGAACUUUUUGCACCAGCAACAGACCAUUUCCUACAACCAGUGCAUGGCCCAGAUGUUCUUCCUUAUUUCUUUCACAGGGACAGAGGCUGCGAUGCUGGCCAUCAUGGCCUAUGAUCGGUUCGCUGCUAUCUGUAAACCUCUGCAUUACUCCCACCUCAUGAACACCAAGGUGUGCACCGUACUGGCCUUUGCCACGUGGAUCUGGGGCUUCGUAGACUCUGCUCUUCAUACAGCUCUCAGCCCCAGGUUGGACUUCUGUGGAGUCAACCAGAUUCAUCACAUCUUCUGCGAUCUCCCUCCACUGAUGAAAAUGGCUUGCAACGAUGCACACAUCAAUGAAUUGGCAAUCCGCAUAGCAAGCCUUUUCGUGGGUACGGGGCCCUUCCUGUUCAUCAUUUUCUCGUAUGUCUUCAUCCUGUCCUCCAUCUUGAAGAUCCGUUCCAUCACUGGGCAGCGCAAAGCUUUUUCCACCUGUGCGUCUCACAUGAUCAUUGUCAUAAUUUACUUUGGAAAUGGGAUGCUGAACUAUAACCGUCCACACACUGGCUAUUCUUUAGAGAUAGACACUCUGGUCUCCACCAUGUUCUGCAUAAUCCCCCCUAUGGUGAACCCCCUCAUCUACAGCCUCCGCAACAAGGAGGUGAAGGGGGCCCUGAAGAAAGUUCUGGAAAGCCAGAGCAAGUCUACAUGUCACCACACCAGGAAUUAG